GCCGCCGCCCGUCCCCCGAGGCCGCGGUGCUCGCCUCUCCGCCCGCUUCCUGCUUGAGGGGGGUGGGUCGAGUCUAAUGAGGGCGGCGCCGAUUGGCUGGGAGAGACGCCCCCGCUUCCCGCAGCCAAUAGGCGCGCGGGACACUGCGGCGCGGGUGAAGCCGGGCGGAGGCCAAAGGGACGCAGUGCUGCAUUCUCAGCCCCCCUGCCCCGUGCUCCCACCUGCUGUCCUUGGGUGCCAGCGGGACGGGCCCCUCUCGCUGGGGACAGUGCGGGCAAGCACGAUGUUCCUGGUGGGACUCUCGGGUGGGAUCGCGUCGGGGAAGAGCACGGUGGUGGCCGUGCUGCGGGAGCUGGGCUGUGCCGUGAUCGAUGCCGAUGUUAUUGCCAGGCAGGUGGUGCAGCCCCACUCCAAGGCCCAUCAGCAGAUCCUGCAGCACUUUGGCACCGAGAUCCUCCUGGAGAAUGGCGAGAUAAAUCGUGAGGCUCUCGGAAACAUUAUCUUCUCUCAGCCGGAGAAACGGAGGCUGCUGAACUCCAUCACCCACCCUGAGAUCCUGAAAGAGAUGCUGAAGCAGGUCCUGAAGUACUUUGUGCUUGGCUACCGCUAUGUGAUCCUCGACAUCCCUCUGCUCUUUGAGACCCACGGAUUGACCAGGUUUAUGAAAUACACGGUGCUGGUUUAUUGUGACCCCCUGACGCAGCUGGCGCGGCUGAUGAAGAGGAGCGGCUUGGGCACGGCUGAGGCCGAGGCUCGGAUCAGCUCCCAGCUGCCCCUGGACGAGAAGCGCAAGUGGGCAACGCACGUCAUCGACAACUCCGGGGACUGGGAGAGCACGCGCCGGCAGGUCCUGCAGCUGCACGCCCGCCUCGAGGAUUCCCUGGAUUUCCUCUGGGCACGGCUGGCAGUGGGCACGGCUGUUGCUGGGCUCGGAGGGCUGGUGUUCCUCCUCCUCCGGCAUUUCAUCUCUUAAUUCACCUUUUCUCUUAGUCAGGGAAGGGGCCUGAAUUUCCCAGUUUGAAAAGGGCAGUGAAAGGCCACCUCUGUUAAUGAGCUUUGCCAGCUGAAUGCAGACAGCGGCAUGAGGCAUCUCCUUGCACACUUCCCAAGGUGAACACAGCCAGAGGUUUUUUCAGGCACGUUCUCCCUGCUCAGGUUCUCAUCCACCAGUCGUGCCUGUGGGAUGAGGCCCUUGUCCCCAUGUGGGUCUCUGUUGUGGGAUUUCAAUGAGUUGAGGCACUUUAAUUUCGAACAAUCUCACUUUAAUCAAGCACAAUUUCACUUUAAUCGGGUACAAUUUCACUUUAAUCGGGUAUAAUCUCACUUUAAUGUCUUCCAGGACAAUCUUCUCCCUGGGGCUGGGUGGCUUCUCAGUACCUGUCACCACCUCCACUGUCCCUUGGGUGAUUCCUCAUAGCUCAGCCCUUUUAAUCCAAAUUUACACUUGGGAUUUCCCCUCUUUCAUGUUGAUUUAAUGGAAACCUGUUAAAUCAGCGAGGGGGAGGACAGCACCUCAUUCACAUGGAUCGAGUGUUCAAGCUGGCUGCUCCUCCCUCUUGCCCUCUGUUUCUGUGGCCAUCACUCGUGGGUCACCUUUGGCUUUGGAUGCAAGGGUCUGAUCCACCCUGGAGUAGUCUGAGACCUGGGCUCUGCCUCGUUCAAACUCAUUUCCUGCUGUUUGAGCUUCCUUCGGCGGCGGUUUCCCGGUGAGAGAACUGAGCCUGGGUGAGGCGGGUGCUGGGUCUUCACUUUUGUUUUAAUAAAACACUGAACAGCA